AGAUAAUUUCAAGGACACCGUCGGCCUGAGCCUCCCCCGGCACCGCCCGCGAGCAGACGGGCCCGCAGCGCACCUGCCGCCCUCGCUCGCCGCAGGCGGAGCGGCCCCGGGCGGGGGGGGAACAACGCUCCCCGCGCUCAUUCCCGCGGGUUUCCGCGACGCUCGUGCCACGGCCUCGCUUGUUUUCGGGCGGCCGGGACGCGGGAGGGGAACGCCCGCCGUGGCGGGGAGCGAAGGCGUUCCCAGCCUGAGCCCGCCCGGCUUCCGUCUCAGCUGGUCCCUCCCCGCCGCCCGUCCCGCCCCGGCCGUGGCGUAGCCGGUCCCGGUUCCCGUGAUAACCGCGAGCGGGGCCGGCGCCGCUCCGGGCGUGUGCGGAGCGCGGCGGGGGAAGCAGCGCCAUGGGGGAGGCGGCCCGGGCCCUCCGCCACCCUCAUUAGAGCCGCCGCCCGGCGCAGCUGGAGCCAUGGACAAAGCGGACAAGAAUGUCAAGCUGUCAGCUGAAGUAGAACCAUUUAUUCCUCAGAAGAAGGGUCCAGAAACACUAAUGAUCCCAAUGGCGCUUCCUAACGACAGUGGAGGAAUUAAUGGCAUGGAACCAACUCCAAUCCCUAGCUACCUGAUCACUUGCUAUCCAUUUGUACAGGAAAAUCAAUCCAACAGGCAGUUUCCACUAUAUAACAAUGACAUCAGAUGGCAACAACCCAGCCCAAAUCCUGCAGGACCAUACCUUGCUUAUCCUAUAAUAUCUGCACAGCCACCUGUUUCUACAGAAUAUACUUACUAUCAGCUGAUGCCAGCGCCAUGUGCUCAGGUCAUGGGUUUCUAUCAUCCUUUCCCUACACCCUAUCCUGCACCCUUUCAAACAGCCAAUGCUGUGAGUACAGUUACUACAGAGUGCACUGAGCGUCCCAGCCCCUCAGGCCAGGUCUUUCCAUUGUCCGCUCAGCGGAGCAGAAGCACUAACAGGGGACCAGUCAUUCAAAAACAGCAACAGCAGCUACAGAUGCACAUAAAAAGUAAACGUCCUCCAGUGAAAAAUGUCGCCACUCAGAAGGAGACCAGUUCAUCAGGUCCUGAGAAUAGAUCAAAGAUUGUUUUGUUGGUUGAUGCAUCACAGCAAACAGACUUUCCUUCAGAUAUAGCUAAUAAGUCACUUUCUGAGAGCGCCUCCACGAUGCUUUGGAAGUCAAAAGGCAGGCGCAGGAGAACCUCUCACCCUGCUGCAGAGUCCUCCAGUGAACAGGGCGCAAGUGAGGCAGACAUUGACAGUGACAGUGGCUACUGUAGUCCUAAGCAUGGCAAUAACCAGGCCGCAGCUGUGGCUUCAAGAAAUACAGAUUCAUGUGCAAUGAAUGUUGUAGAACCAUCAAUAAAUACAACUGGUAUAGGUUGGACUAAUGUAAAUUCCCAAGCAACUCAAAAAAAACCUUGGAUUGAAAAAACUCUGACCUUUUCUAGAGGUGGAAGACAAGCUGAGCAAAGAAAUAAUCCACAGUCUGGUUUCAGAUGCAGAGACCACAGCACAUCUUCAGAAAGAAUGCAGAGUUUGCAGAAACGGCACGAAAAACCUUUAGCUACGAGCCAGGCAAGCAGAGCAGAGCAGAGUCCUGAACCUCUGUAUUUUGAGGAUGAAGAUGAGUUUCCAGAGCUAAAUAGUGACAAUGGCAGCAGCAAAAGUAGUAGCAUCCAGCAGAAGAUUUCACCCAAAGUAUUGGAUGACUUACCAGAGAAUUCUCCAAUCAACAUAGUCCAAACUCCAAUUCCCAUUACAACCUCUGUACCAAAGCGUGCAAAAAGUCAGAAGAAGAAGGCCUUGGCUGCAGCACUUGCAACAGCUCAAGAGUAUUCAGAGAUAAGCAUGGAACAGAAAAAACUUCAAGAGGCUUUAUCAAAAGCAGCUGGAAAGAAGAGCAAGACCCCAGUUCAGUUAGAUUUGGGUGACAUGUUAGCAGCUCUUGAAAAGCAGCAGCAAGCAAUGAAAGCUCGUCAGAUCACCAACACCAGGCCUCUCUCAUACACAGUUGGCAGUGCUGCUCCGUUUCAUACCAAAGAAUCUGCCAGCAGAAAGUCCUUAACAAAGGGACAGCCCUCUAUGGGUUGCCUUAAUCCUUUGGAUUCAACUGCCCCAAAAGUGAAAAGAGGAAAAGAGAGAGAGAUUGCAAAACUGAAACGCCCUACAGCACUUAAAAAGAUUAUCUUGAAAGAGAGAGAAGAAAAGAAAGGCCGUUUAUCAGCUGACCACAGCCUUCUGGGUUCUGAUGAACAGAAAGAGGCUCAUUUAAACUUGACUGCCGACCAGUCUCAGGAGCUGGCCUCUCAGGAAGAAACUGGUCUGAGUAUGCCUAGUGAUACUUCACUUUCUCCAGCAAGUCAGAAUUCUCCGUACUGCAUGACCCCAGUGUCACAGGGUUCACCUGCUAGUUCUGGAAUAGGCAGUCCAAUGGCAUCUUCUGCAAUAACCAAAAUUCACAGCAAGAGAUUCAGAGAAUACUGUAACCAGGUUCUAAGUAAAGAAAUAGAUGAGUGCGUGACUCUGCUGUUGCAAGAGCUCGUCAGCUUCCAGGAACGGAUUUACCAAAAGGAUCCCACGAGAGCUAAAGCAAGGAGGAGACUUGUUAUGGGGUUACGUGAGGUUACAAAACACAUGAAACUGAACAAGAUCAAGUGUGUAAUCAUAUCCCCCAACUGUGAAAAAAUUCAGUCAAAAGGUGGACUAGAUGAGGCUCUCUAUAAUGUAAUAGCCAUGGCACGGGAACAAGAAAUUCCAUUUGUCUUUGCUCUUGGCCGCAAGGCUCUUGGCCGCUGUGUGAACAAGCUGGUUCCUGUUAGUGUUGUGGGUAUCUUCAACUACUCAGGUGCUGAGGAUCUGUUUAAUAAGCUGGUAUCCCUAACUGAAGAGGCCAGGAAAGCCUACAGGGACAUGGUGGCUGCAAUGGAACAGGAACAGGCAGAAGAAGCCUUGAAGAAUGUCAAGAAGGCCCCGCAUCACAUGGGUCAUUCUCGUAACCCUUCUGCAGCAAGUGCUAUCUCGUUCUGUAGUGUUAUUUCUGAACCCAUAUCUGAGGUCAAUGAGAAAGAAUAUGAAACAAACUGGAGAAAUAUGGUGGAAACAUCUGAUGGGUUAGAGACCUCUGAAAAUGAGAGAGAAUCCGUGUGCAAGGCUGCAGUACCAGAAAAAGCUGGCAAUGGCCAAAUGGAAAAAACCACUCUUAAUAAACAACCACCUCUGGCUACAACUGGCACUACCUCAGCAACAAAUCACGGGAAAUCCACCCCAGGUGACAAAGAUGAGGUGAAACCAGAUGACAAUCUGGAAUGGGCCUCACAGCAGAGUACAGAAACAGGAUCCCUGGACGGCAGCUGCCGAGACCUUUUGAAUUCCUCCAUGACCAGCACCACCAGUACUCUUGUGCCAGGAAUGCUGGAAGAGGAGGAGGAAGAGGAAGAUGACGAUGAUGAGGAUUAUGCCCAUGAACCAAUUUCUGUAGAAGUUCAGCUUAAUAGCAGAAUUGAAUCUUGGGUUUCAGAGACCCAGAGAACUAUGGAGACGCUGCAGCUGGGGAAGACCCUUAGUGGUGCUGAAGAAGACAAUGCUGAACAAAGUGAAGAGGAAGAAAUGGAGAGCUCAGAGCAGGCUGAUCCUGUCACUGACGGGGAGGAAUGGACAAACGAUAAGCACGCAAGUAACGCUCAGCAUAAACCCACCAUCUGCAGUUCUCUGAAUAAAGAACACACAGAUUCCAUCUAUAUGCCGUAAAAAUAAGCAGGAACUCAGGAACUUUUAGAAACUGUAGUAAAACUAACUGUUGUAAAGGUUGCAGCCAUUAUUCCAUAUGCUUCAUCUCAACAUUUUGCACUGUUAAACAUUUAAUACUUGUAUUUAAUUCACAACAAUAUUUUUGUAGCUCUCUGUUACUUUUUGAUUUAAAAACUAUCUUAGCUCUUAAUCAGUAUUGAUUUCCCAGAUUAGAAACUGUGUGGGAAAGUUGGCAGUAAGCAUUCAUUUGAUGUUUUGUAAAAGGAAACAUCUUGUAACUGACCAGUUUUAAGAAAAAUUCUUUGAAGUUGUGACUCUUAAGCUUAUUUUCAAACAGGUAACCUACAUUUAACACUGACAGAUUACCAACAACUCAUGUUGGUGGUAUGGUGUUAUACUAGGCCCGUCAGUGAAUUUGGCCAUGACUUUCUAGCUCUGUCUAGAAAUAAAAGGAAAAUUUUGAUUCUCUUUCAUGAAAAGCUAGAAAAAGCUAUUUGCAAUCUUAAUGAGAAUUAAAUAGUAGAGAAAUUGUGUGUGAUUCUUAUGCUAAGAUAGAUGCAGCUUUUUAGUUGAUCUUGGUGAAUGCAUCAUUAAAAAGCUGCUGAUAGCUGAAAUGGUUACAAUAAGCUAUAAUAACUUUGAUUCCAGAAAAACUUUAAACCAGAGGGAUGUAAUUAAUGUUUUGCAGGUUUUCUUUACAAGGUAGAAAUAUUGCAUUAAAAAAAACUAAAAAAAACCAAAACAAGAAAGAAAACAAAAAUUCCCCAUUCUCUCUGCAGUUGCUGUCUGCCAAACCACACUAUGUGACUCAUUAACCAUAAUCCCUAUUCAGGGCUUUUAGUAAACUGAUGACUUCCUCUCUCUCUCCUGUCACUUACCUCAGGAAUGCUGUUUAGCAUUUUGUAUUCUGCAUAACACUGCAAAAAGCAAGAAUAAUCCUUUAACAGCAAGCGUGAAUGAUGUGGUGGCUAUCUCUGCACUCACCUGCAUGCUGUGAUCCUGGCCAGGAUGCAUCUUAAGAACUACUGCUGAAAACGUGACCUCUUUCUCUUCUUGCAGUUGUAACACCUUUAGGAGUUGACCUCUAGAUAGAGAAGGAAGUAGUUAUUCCAGGAAAUGAGGAAGUGACCUGUAGUUUGGGGAAGUAUAUCAGUGGUGCAGAGGUAAAAGAAACAAAAAUGUGCCCUCUCUGAAACAUACCUGUUGCUAGAGAAUUGUUCUGUGUUCUGUUCUGAAUACUGAAGUGAAAUGCAUUACCUGGUGAUGAAUUUGUUUCAGACUGAGGAUGGAGAGUGUGUCUAACCUUGCACGUCAGGAGUCUGUUUUCCAUCUUUGGUCUUGGCAAGGGAUAUCCUGAAACUGCCAGCAGCACGAGCUUCACCACAGGGGUAGCCAAAGAGUAACUCACGUGAAUAACACUUUCACAGCAAACGUGUUUCUUUUAAUUUCACUUUGUUUUUCUUGAUCACUUGUAUCGAAGUGCAUGGAAAGCCUCUGGGUAGGCUGAAAACCACAGGAAACUGAAAUUAGCUGAGUUGGGUGUUCAGUCCACGCUUAGGAACAUGGGACCAAUGUUUAUAGCAGUAGUGAUGAUGGUGUUUUAAGUUGCACUGGGAAAAUAAGAUUCCAGGUUUAGAAGUCAUCUAGCCCUGGGUUUUUGGAUGCUAAUGAGAAUAAUAGAAACUGUGUAUUAUGUAAAUAAUGCUUUGAUAGCUCUAGGCAUAGCAAAUGCUAUGUAGAUAUGCAGUGUAGAGAGCUGCUGUGACAACUGGCUGUUCUGUCACGUUCUUAGCUCCUUAGUGUAAUCUUCCUAGGUGUUAGAACAGGCGUUUCAUAGGAAAACAAGGACUAAGGAAUGAUGCCUCCUGAAUGUUAAACCUUUUACUGUCCCUGUGGCAGAUUUCUACUGUCUGUAUGUUUUAAGAGUUUUUGCUUUAGGACAUGACAGGUGUUUGAACUACUGACAGGCAAAACUUGCCCUUGGAUGUGUAAGCACAUCUCGGCACAGGUGAGAUCAGUGCAUACACUGAGGGCAAAACUUCGCCAGAACAUCAAAAAACAAAGGUGUUUGUAGUUUCUCCUUUAGCUUUUUCAGUGCCAGUGAUUCAAAUAACUUUUGAUCUUGAAGUAUUAACAUCAGAGGCGCAUCUUUUUAUAUGUCUUUCUGAACUUGGACUGUCAUUUUAAAGUUUUCUGACAUUUAUAUCAAAGAAGUCUUGUAAUAUUCAGCCCACUAUUUAACUGCAAUUUUGCUACAAGUUUAAUAGAGUUCUUGAAAGUGGUGCAGCACUUAUAAUUAUCUCUCAAUUUGCCAGCAAAUAAGGAACUAGUUUCUUUUUAAAACGUGGCAGAUCACCCUUAGGGGAGCAAACUGAAACUGAGUAAAGAAAACUGGGUUUAGUGCUUCCUUUUUGAUAAGCUGGGAAUAAGCAAUAACUGUAAGAAUGAAAUUGCAAUUGCUUUGGGAGUGAUCCAUUUGCAUCGGAAAUUAGGGAAGUUCCUUGCCACUUGAAGCACUUAAGGAGAGUAUCUCACUGUGGUAAUUUUGGUUCUAUUAUCAGCAGAAUUUAAGAAGAAAGCAUACAAAUGUUCUACAAUACCAUGACUUUUUUAAAAAGUAGUUGAAUUUCUAUUUCAGUGUAAAAGUGUGCAGUUUAUACAGGUUGUUACUGUCCCCAUGAAAAGAUGUUUCUGUAGUUAUAGGUGUAUAGAUAUUUUUGUUGUGAAAAUAAUUAUUCGGGAAACAAAUCUACUUUUCUUAAGGCAUUGUUUAUAGAAAUGAUUUCACCACUUACUUUAUCUGGUAAAAUCAAAAAUAAUGUAUCUGUGGUAGGGGUAGGGAUCUUUAAAACUGAUAGAGGUGGCUAUGUAUACAACCUAUUUAUAUAAAUACUCUUAAGUAUCUCUGUCAAUAAUAAAACAUGGAUUAAAAAUCUGUAAAAGGGAAAAAUUCUGAAGAACUUCAGUCCUUAGUUGGACCAAGUAGCAAUGUCUGAUUGAGGCAAAGGCCCUGAUCCUGCUCACAUGUACUUUAGAGUGUUAGUGCCACUGGCUUAAACUGGUGGCCUGUUUAUCUGCUUAAGUUGUGUGCAGGCUGUUGUAGGAUUGGAGCUAAACAGUGACAGAGAGUAUUGACCUGUGUUUUAAAAAUUCAUUAUAGAAAAUGUUCAGUAAUGCACUUGUUGGUGUUCUUCUGGUAAAGCUAAGAGGUGUCUUUAUGGGUGGGUGGGAGCUUACACAAUGUGGUUCUGUCCAGUUCUUUAACACAAGCUUAACUUUUAAUAAUGUUACUUUAAAUAUGUAUGUAAAAAAAGUAUUAUUGUUUGAAAAGCUGCUGUUGCUGAAACUGUCACUUAGUAUUUCUUGUGAAGUUGUGCCAACUAAUGAAACUGUUCAGUUGAUUUCAGUGUCAGCCAUUUAAAAAUGAGACAUGGCAGUUUGUUAACAGAACAAAACCCAGCAGAAACAAGCCAUAGAAACCAGGAACGGGGUUCACCCUGCCACACACACGGGAACCUGAGAAUGUCUAACCCAAAACUUCCUCACCAAUGAAUGGUAAUGCUGAAAGUAGAAACCCAGUUGGCACAGCCCACGUUCUAAAUGUUCAUCAAUAGUUCAUAUAAUUUACUUUUUAAAUAGAUUCUAAUAAGGAAAGCUGUUUAAUCUUUAAUGUCUUAAAAUUUAUAGUAAUAUUUAGGUUGAAGCAGUAGAAAAACCAUUAUAAAAUACAAUAUGAAGGGGUUUGUUCCAUUUCUUUUUUGCUGUAUGAAGGAUAACUGUUCUGUCUACCGUACUUUUUGGAGUAAUAACAGCUUUUUUGCACUAUGUAAAUACUAGUGGGGAUUCUUCCAUAACUAAUAAAAAUGAUUGUAGAAA